CUGCUGACAACUUGUUUGCUUGACUGUGUGAAUCAAGGUGUGAUCGAGGGAUGUUCUGAGGCAUAAACAAAGUCUUGUAUCACACUAGGGCUGCACAAUUAAUCCCAGUAUUACCGAAAUCGUAAUAUGACCAAAAGCAAUAUUAAAGAAUACCGCAGUUUUUUGAGAAAGGUAAAAUGUGUGACAAAACAGUAUAAUAAUGGUAAGUACUGUAGUUCUGUUUUAUUACGAUAAUAUCAUAUAUCGUCCCAUCCCUAGUUCAGACCCUAAGAAAUGUUACAUCAUGAAUAUUAAUUUUAAAAAUAGUUUUUCAAUUGCAUUUGUGAUACAAAAAUGGUCAUACAAUGUAUCAUCCAGCUCUAUAUCACACUCAUAUUCACCUCCAACUCUGAUAAUAAAAUAAGGUUGAUGGAGUUUACAAUUAAGGACUUCAUAUAUUAAACAGUGCUGAAAUGAUUCCAAAAGAGUAACUUUUUCAAUUAUUAUAAUACUUCACUGAUAUAAAGUUGCAAGAAAUACCCUUUGGAAUCACCUGGAUUUCUGCAUAAAUUGGUCAUAAAAUGUGUUCUGAUCUUCAUCUAAGUCACAACAAUAGACAAACACAGUCUGCUUAAACUAAUACCACACAAACAAUUAUAUCCAGAAAUCCAGGUAAUUCAAAAGGGUUCACAUACUUUUUCUUGCAACUGUAUUGGCCUAUUACAGACAUAUCUGUAUUGGAUUGGUAUUGGCGUACAUAUUAUUCAAUAUGCUCUGAUAUGAAAACUGCACAGCAACAACAGUACUACAUACAAGUAGAAAUUACUGAUAAUGACGGCGGUAAUAGCCACAACAAUGGGGGAUGGUGAAUAAUAACAAUAUCAGUAAUUCUAGCAAUUGGAGUCAAGCAGGACCAUGGCAGCAGGCCCAACUGGGAUCCAUUAGAACCUGCGAGACGAGAAAGCACAAGAACUCCGGGGAAGAAGUGAAGCUGGAGAGGAAGCAUGUGGCCACACAUUUAGUCCAGCAGAGGACUCUGUCAGGGGCAGAUGCUGUCAAUGCACUCAGACCCUUUUAUUUUGCAGUCCAUCCUGAUUUCUUUGGUCAAUAUCCCAGGGAACGGGAAGUGAAUGAGAAUUCAUUAAAGAGGCUAAAUGGCUACCUGGACAACCUGCAGAAGCCUGGCUCACACUCAGUCCAGCCAAUGAAGCUCACCUUUUAUGUCAGGGACACAAGGGAUAGCAGUGAUGUGCAGGCAGACCUCCUCACCUCGGGGUUCCGAUCAGUGAGUUUCACCUUGCACACAAACGAUAUCUUGAGCACAGUGAUGAACGUCUUGAAGUCCUGCAGCCUGCCCAUUGAGCACAUGAGUGGACUGAAAGCAAGUGCAGAGGCAUCCGAAAGGCCACCUGAGGCGCCUUUCUACAGACCUAUCAAAUGGGAUAAAAGCUACUACACCUUCACUGGCUUUAGAGACCCUGAGCAAGAGCUGCAGCAGGCCAGGAGAGUAGAGCCUGUACUCAGUUUGUGGCUGAGAAACAACGAGCCCGAGGCAACGAAGAAGCAGAAGGUUAGUCUUCCUCGGAGAGAAGAGCUGAUCAGACUGAAGAAGGAACUGUGUCACAAAUUCUAUCUGGCUGAUAUCAGGUGGCAGCGCAGCUGGGGAGUGGCCCACAGGUGCUGUCAGCUUCAGAGCCUGAGCCGACUGUCUCAGCAGAACCCAGAGGCCCUGAUCAACCUACAAGGACACACUAUUGUGUUUGCUGACCAGUCAGGGAUGAACGCCUCUGGACACGUCAUGCUGGGAACCAUGGACGUCCAUCACCAGUGGACCAAGCUGUUUGAGCAGCUGUCCAGCUAUCGCAGCCUGCUGCAGCAGACGGAGUGGCUGAAGGAGAGGAUCAGCCUUCUCCUGGGCGGAACUCAAGUGAUCCACAUGGAGAGGCUGGGACCGGUCCAGCUCAUUGCCGAGCACUACAGCACCCUCAGCACUUUCCACAAGAGCCUGGUGUCCCGACGCCUUCGCCUGCACCCCAGGAGCCUGCAGGGGCUCACCAUGUUGUUGGAGAAUGACCGCUCUAACCCCAGUCUUCAUGAGAUGGGACACUUCAUUGUCCCCACCAACUGUGACCCUCCAAAGCUGCAGGUCUUCCUUCAGAGCCAAGCCCCCGAGGCCAGACUGCGCACCCAACGCAAAAACCAGCUGCAGGUGGAGGAAGAUGCUGUGGUGAAGCUGUGUCUCCAAAAUCUGUCUCUGAGGAGUCUGUCCAAGGAGCCCAGUGUCAGUUCUAGCCAGAUGAUCCUGUGCUGUAAAAGACUGGUGGAGCAGCGUUUCCCCCUCAUGCAGGGCCUCCACAUCUGUGUUUCUCACUUCUACUCGGUCAUGCAGGAUGGGGACCUUUGUGUCCCCUGGGACUGGAAGAACUGAGCAGGAGCAACACGGUCCCAAGCUGCAGGAUUCUCAGGCAGUCCAAGGGUCAGAAAGAAGUAUUUUUUAGCAGUUUAAUGUUGUUGAGGCAGCAAAUAGGCAUGUUUCACAGGAUCAUUUGAUAGAUGUCAGGUGUGUCUCGUGUCUAAAGUGGUUAACUUGAGCUGAGCGCUGUGGGCUCAUCUAAUAAGAAGCACUUUAUACUCUUGCUGGAAAAGCCAAAUAGAAGAAUGGAUGACCAGCGGAGCUCAGUGGUUCCCAACUGGAAAACCAGGAAAAUUAUUCACAAGAAAGGGAAGAGAAUUAAUUAAUUUUAAUUUUCUCAAAUGUUACCAUUUCUUCUGAAAAUCUGGGGAAUUUGAGCUCUUAAGUAAUCAAAAAGGAAAGUCUGAGAACCAAGUAGUCUUGGGUUGACCCGUGAUAAGGGGUGUGGGAGCCAGUGGAAGUGUAAGCUUUCUUCAGGAUAUGGUUGAGACCUUGAGAUGUGCAUGGUUUGACUAAGUCAGUCUUUUUUGUUACUGUGUGGAGAAAUAAUUCAAUAAUGGUUCUGCUAAAGGCACAAUCUGUGACUAAUGUAAACUAAUAUAGUCCCCAAACCUCCAACAUUCAACACACACAGUUAGAACCUGUUAUCACUCUGAUUGACAGUAGACAGGCGAAAGAGGUCAGUAUGCUGAAAAUGAACGAGUUUUACAACCAUGUACAACCAUGUUUGAAGGCAAAACUGUUGUUCUGUUCUGAACGUCCACACUGUGAACGGCUGCUGUCAUAGAGCUCAACAGUGUAAGUAACAAUCCCAUUAUAAUAGAAUAUAGAAUAGAGGAUUUCUGUUAUUAGCCAUAAUUUCGUAACCAUCCAAGCUAGACGAUCUAUGAGAUUGUGAAACAAUGGUAUAUUCUUCCAUAGGAGCCAUAACUCAUAUAUCAACCCUGCUUUAAGAAAAACUUGAGAUACUACAGUACCCACAACCCAAAAGUGUAACAGCGAUGUCUCUGAUCAGUAGAGCUAGCUGUUAGCAUGGAAAUGUCUGAUGAGUUACUUUUUACAAAAAAUCUAUUAUUUACACACUACACAAGGUUUAGCUGCAAGCACUGUACGAUGUAUUACAACACUUUUAUUCACAAUAUAAACACUAAGAAAUGUGAAAUUGAAGGAGAAGUGUGCCACUAUUGUUAUCAUUUGCAGUGGAUCAUGGGAUGAGUAGUUCCUUCACUCUUAAAAUAAUUAUGCAUUGUCUUGUACCUUUGUCUUAUUUCUGUUUUUUUGUUUUAUUUUUGUUUAGGUUUUUUGCUUAGAAUCAAAUGUCGUAUGGUCACAACUCUUGGCUGGCUUGGUCACAGUCUUAAUACUCGAUAUAAGGAGUAAAUGAAAGGGAAAUUCACUUCUGGAACCAGUGGCCACUCACUGUUGAGGUCUGUAGAAAGGGGUCAGACGCAGUCAAUUGUGGUAAUAACGGUUUGCUCAUGUCUCUCCUGGAAGGAUUCAUGGUGUUGCACUAAGGUGAAAAGUGACUAAAAUGGUUUUGUGAAGAAUGAAGAAUUAUGAACUCCCCACCUACUCCCUCACCUGUGACUGUCAGAAUGAUGUCAGAAUGGUGUGGAGGGCAGGGGUUUCAGACCCUGUUAAAUGAUCCAACUAGCCCUUUGAGGCGCACUGACGCCCUGAAGUUAAUAUUUCUACUUGUUGUUGUAUCAAAUGCUUCAUUGUUGUGAUCCAGCAUGUGGCCUGAGAUGUGUGAUGAUUGGACGCUUCACUGGAUGGAGCCAUUUUGGACAUAUUGGACAUUUUAGAUACUGGUGAACAGUCUCAUCCAGAAUGGAUACGUCUGGUUCUGGACACUUUGACACUGUUACACACAUGGGCUGGUGGAAUACUCUUGUGAUCUAGACUAGAACUUUGUAAAGUUACCAUAGCUGUGAAAAAGAUGGUUCCUCUUAAAGGGGAACUUGGCAACUAUUUCAACUAAUAAACCCGUUUAGAAAUCAUUUGGAUGGGUAAAUGGCCUGUUCCGGUGAAGAUGGUGACUUUCCCCACUCCCCCUAGCGUCCCCAGGCAGAAAACCAACCUUGCAACUUUGGGACUUCCGUCCCGUUAAGUUGGAAAUGGGAAGUAUUGUGAGAAGCGAGAAUGAGCGAGAAACACAAACUGCUUUACGGCAGUUCCACAUAAACGCAGACGCCCCCCUCAAUACCAGUUAGCCACGCCGGCUAUAAGAACAAGCGACGAUGAAUGUAUUACCCACCUCGGUAGACAUACCACACGAAAAAGUUGUGUUUGAAAUAUACAUCCCAGAGGUGUAGGGGGAGCUCGUUGAGAAAACAUGCGACGACAAAAGUGAAAACCAGCAAAGAAAUGGCUCGAGUUGCCAAGUUCCCCUUUAAAUAAAAUGGUCAUUUCAGAAUUGACUGUUUAUUAUGACGUCUGUUAAAGUGAGAAAGCACUGGACUCUCAGUUAGACCCUUUAUAACUCAUCACAACCUGCCCCCACUUCUUCUCCUUUACAAAGCACUGUACACCAAACAACCAGACACGUGAACACUUUCUACCCACACACCAUCACUUUGUGUCAAUAUAGUGUCAAUAACCGGCAUAAAAUUUCCAGAUGCAAUCGACCGAUUUAAAAAAGCGUGCAAUUUGGAAUGAAAUCGGGAUGCAGAGUUUCUAACAUCUAUAGGAGUAGAUCUCGACAAAUAUUAAAUACGGUGUGUCCAGAGGGUAGCAUGGAGACUUUAAGGGUUUAUUAAUCACAUUUAAUUUAAUCACAAACACACAUAUGUCAUUAUUUGCUUGAAAAGGCCCCCAAAAGAAGAUAUUUGAACUCAAAAACAUUAUUGUGGCAUUAGAAAUGGUAAAUGGACCUGUACUUGUAUAGCUGCACGGCAUCGGGAGCAAUUUGGGGUUCUGUAUCUUGCUCAAGGAUGCUUCGACAGGUGGCACCAGAAAACCUUCCAAUUAGGGGAUGACCCGCUCUGCCUCUGAGCCACAGCCGCCCAAUCAAUACAUGAUUUUAUUCCCACAUCUUUUUGGAAUUUAACUUAACUUCAUUGACCUUAAGCCGAUCACUGAGUCUAAAAUGUGUCCAUAACAUUAAAUUAAAUUCAGUUUUUUAUGACAUUAUCUUUAAAAUAAAUCUAAUUAAUGUGUUAAAUUUGCCAGCAUUUGACACCAAACUAGGGUGUUAGCUGGGGUGGCCAGGCAUUUUUUUAGGGAUGGCAGCUGCCACCCUAGAUCCACCCCUGUAUCUGCAACGGUAACAACCAAUUUAUUAUUUAUUGGUAGAGGCUCUAUGCCUUUAUUAUUUAGAAAUGUGACCAAAAAUUCUAUAUUUUGAUUGAUUCAUCUCUAAACUGUUUCUCAAGCUACUUAAGAAGAACCAAAGAAAUAAAAUUAAACUAUCUGUACUGUAUUGAAUUGCAAAGCAUCAUAUUCUUGUUAUGUUUGUGUUGAAUCAAAUCGUGUCGAAUCUCCCAGCAUUGCAAUAGAUGUGAAUUGUAUCAAAUGAUAUUGGUAGCUGCUUCAUAUGUAUCUUUAAUGUAUAGUAUUGUUCGCAGUGCAUUGAGAUGUGUAUCACAUGGACCAGAGUGUACUGAUGUACAUCCCUGCUGUAUGUGGACAUGUAUACAUGCAUAUACCGUAAAUAACCAGCCACUCAUGUAUAUAAAUAAUAUAGUACUUUACACAUUCAAUAGUUAUUCCUUUGCUCUAUUGCUGUAUUGUUUACAUUUGAAUGGCUUCAUACAUGUAUAUAUUUAUAUAUAAAGUUAUUUUCGCCA